AUGGUCAAGGUCAAGAUUCUCUACCUGGCCAAAAGUCAGUCUGCUGGAAGGAGAGCUCCUAGGACCAACCUUGGGAGGAGAGCAACCAGAUCUAGCAAAAGUCCUGCAUCAACCCCUAAAAUUCCCUCCAAUACUACUGCUGCCGCUGCUGCUUCUUCUAGCAGGGAAGGAAUCCGGGUAAAGAUGCCUAUUUUGAGGCCCCCAGCAGUUUCAAGUCCAGCAGCCACUCUAAGGCCCACAGCUCCAAGUCCAACAGCCACAACAAGGCCCACAGCUCCAAGUCCAACAGCCACUCCAAGGCCCAACCCACCAUUUAGGCCCCACAAAUACGGCCCGUUGGACCUACUUCAACUGCUGUCCCUGGUUUAG